AUGGUUAGAAAAGGACGAAAGGGCGAAAAACUUCUCGCGGCCGCGGACGAAGCAGGGGACCGAGAUCCUCCCGGACGUUGGAUUCUGCUUCGCGGGAUCCAGUACCAAUCCGGUGAGCUUCUUGUGAGCCUACUGGUCUUCUGCGUCGUCAGAAUGGCGAGGCGCCUUCAACAACUUUUUAUUUCGACGACGACCUACAAGAUGGCAACGAAAGAGGUAUAGAGAGACGACGAGGAUAAUUUUGGUACAGGUAACUUUGGUAAAAUAGGUGUGAGGGAGUGAUCUUGGUGUAAGUACCUAUUCCGACAACAAGGGGCGGAGAGUUCUCCUGUCUCGCUUUCAAUAUACCGCCAUCGCGUAGUUUACUUAUAGUUUUUUUAUUUAUGUUGCUCGUCUCUGCAGUUAGAUGAUGACGAUGAUGAUGAUGGUGGUGUUUUCGCCAUGAAAUGUUUUUGAGUGCCAUUUCAAAUGCCCACGCCUCCCUGCAGGUUCGCAGUCUCGCCCAGCAUCCCUGUACCCUACUACAAAAUGAACAAGCACGUGCCUGGCAAGUGUGUGGAGCGUACGGAGAACAGCAGAACAGCAGCAGUACCUCAUUAAGCGCAGUGCCAGUCCGCCAUAAUUAUUCUCUACAUGCUCACGGUCACGCCGAACGGGAGCCCACUCCAAGGCGCUGGACUCUCAUUCGCGGGAUCAAGUGCCAAUCUGGUGCGCUUCUUGGACCAAGCUGGUCUCCUGCGUCGGUCAGCACGUCGCGACGCCUUCUACAGCGAACGUCUUUCGCUAACGAUCUACAAUGUCGCGAAAAGAAUGAAAGGUAUAUAGAGAGAUGGAGUGGAAGAUAGCUUUGUUUUUUUUUUAACUUCAUCUCCAGCAUCAAUCUACAUCCUCGAGGACAGUUUUUAGCUGCAAUGAACGAUGGCAAUGCUAACGUAAAAAUUUGUAUAUGGUAGAAGCGCUAUGGUACGACCUGCAAUGACGAUGUACAUGAAGUGUGACCGCGAUGCUACAGACGAUGCAAAUGCAGAAGCUGAAGUUUUGUUUCGACGAUUCGGGCCGGGAACCACGGUGGAAAAGAAGACAUGUCUGCGCUCAGCGGACCGAUACCACAACCCCCCAGACUCUCCACCCGGUUUACCAGAAAGUGCAAACUGUGCUCCGGUUUGCCGCUACAGCAUUACAGAUUCACGCCGCCAUCUUCUACACCAUCACCACCGCCCUCAUGUUCUUCUUCCACCCACCCGUAAUCCGAAAAAUGGGAUUUGUUCGUUCAAAAAGUUUGAACGUGAAGCUGAAUGUACGAAACCGACUGCCAAAGUGCAGAGGCGAAUUUGAAAGCAAGCGCGACGAGCUGGACGAUGAGGAUACGAUGAUGGUGGAGAAGUUCAAGAUAGAAAAAUUUGUAGUCUGAAAAGCGAAAAGUAACUGCUAUAAAAAGAUGUUUUUGUUCAACCAUUGUCGCGUGCAAAGCUCGAGAAAAAGUUUAUGUGUUUGAUCUUUUCAUUCUCCUGUUUGUGUUUGGUUUUUU